AUGUCAACCUUAUCUGGGACGGACAUUCGGGACCGCUCUAGCAAAUGUGUUAAUCUUUUUCGCGAUUGCGUGUCCGACCUAUUAUUAAGAAACCUGAGCUCGGUUGAGCAUGGUCAGGCAGAUUUCAACCUCUGGGUUUACGGACUCGGUACAACAUCUACCGGGAAGUCGUCGCUUGAUUAUCGUGUCCGACAGCGGGAAGAUUUGUCGAAUAUGAUAUGCGAUUUGGUUAACGGCCUGGAGGAGUCUUUGCAAGAUUGUUUAAGCCAAGAUUUCGACAGUACUGCGGAACCUGAUGCUUUGGAGUAUCAUGGAUUUAACGUGAAAACAAUUCUGAAGCAGCUUUCCAGAAUUCACCUCGCUAUUCGGAGGGCUGGGAACAGUUUACGCCAUCAAAAAGCUGACGCUGCGCUACCUGAUGCUCUGAAAACCGACGAAUACAAGAAAUGGAAAUCAGAAAUGGAAGAUGUGAUUUCGAUGGGCCUCGAAAACCAGACUCCGUACUCACGAGACUUGUCUAUCGAACAAAGAGCUCUCAGUCCUUUGCAGGAGCGACUCAUCUUUGCUAAUUUGCGACGGCGGCAUAGGAUGCAAUAUGCAACUAGAACAUUGAGAGAGGCACAAGAGCGAGAAGAAAAGCAGAAAGAAAUUGAAGCCAAAAGGCAAACCGAGUUGGCAGAAAAGAAACACCUGAAAUCGAAUUUAUCCAGAUCAGAGAGUAAAGGGAGCCCAUUUAAGGAACUUGUCGAUAAAGAUUCUUCACCGGCUACUGCUGUGGAAACAUUGAGCAAACAUGGAUCUCAAGCGCAGCAAACAGUGACCGAGCUUGCCUCCGAUUUCGAAGUCAACCUGGCAGGUUCUCGCAAAUCUGCAACGAUCUUAACCAAAGCAACCUACACUGGCCGCAAUCAAGACUACCCGGGCCGCCUUGCGAGAGAUAUCGCUCCGUAUGUCUGCAUAUUUGAGAGUUUUGAUAUGCCAGAUGCCAUGUUCGUCACCACCGAUGAGUUGAAUAAACACAUACUAAAGCAUCAUGGCGUUCAACGCUGGGUUUGCAACUACUGUGCACCAAAUCUCCAGGAAGAUCAGCUGAUGAUUUUUGAUACUGCUCAGGACUGGAUAGACCAUGUCGCGGAAUCUCAUUUCCCGGCCAUGCCGGCAUCUAGGCUUGAUGUCUUCUCUGAAAUGAAUAUGAGUGUCAUGGUUGGGCCUAUUCCGUGUCCGCUUUGCGACUUUCAUACCACUACUGUGCAACCUGAACUCCAAACUCAUAUAAGCGAACAUAUGCAUUCGUUUGCUCUCAGGUCCUUGCCGUGGGGCAUCGGCGACGGUCGAAAGGACUCGGAAGCAGCUGGACUCGACGCUAAAUCUGACCUCAGUUGUGCCAGCCAAGACAUGAAUGUGGAUUAUUUUGGGGUGAACCCAUUUGAAAGAUUUGACCCGGAGACUGAUAUCUCACUCUUUCGUUUUCUUCAGGUCGAGAUCAAAGAUUCCAUGACAAUCGGAAGAAGCCCUUGGGAGAAUUUACCAGAAACAACUAAAACAUACCUUCGCCAGAUGAUAGUAUUAUUUCGGUCAGAAGAUUACAUCGACACAUCGAUAGAACUGUAUACUGCCGCUCUAAUGAGGGUAUACUGCGCGUUAUUUCAACUACAACAAAUGGAGUACCCCAGGAUUUCGUCAGAAGCUUAUGAUGCAUAUACGGUCCCGAAAGAUGUAGUCACACAAAUUCAAGAUUAUCUCAGGGUCGAAUUGGAACUCUUCCUAGAAACAUUCAAGGAUUCAGCUUCGGACGCAAUUGACGACAAUUCUGACCUUGCCAGAUAUAGCCACACUGGGGACGAAGAGACCCUGGCUGUUACGGAAUUGGAGAGCAAAUCGACGGAAGUACAGCCCCAGAUGGACUUUGAAUUGAAGGGAGUAGGUUCGAGUAAGAUGGUCUCCAAAGUUGGGGUGCACCAAUGCAAAUACUGCGAUAAAAUCAGCUCUUACUUCUAUACUCUCCUUUCCCAAGAUACCGCGAAAGACAAGUUAUUCGACCAUCAUGGGGCAAUUUCCAGCUUGAGGGAAUCUGCUGCUAGAGGAUGCCAGUUGUGUAGUCUAUUCUUGACAUGGAUGGGCUUUUCGACAACAGAUAAGUCUGUAAACGACCCGAGCGCGACAUUGAAAGAGGAAAGCAAUUCAAGUCAACAUCAGUCAAAGGAAGAACCUAUGCAGAAAUAUACAGUGAUCCUGCAACGCCCAGCUGACAGUCUGACCAAAAGAGUGCUCACGUUGUCUAUCAAUGAAAGGCAUAAAGUCACUUUAGAAUUAUAUUAUAAUAGAGGCGAUCCUCUCGAGGCAACGAUGUGGACGAACAGUAGGAAUGUUGACGAGUCCCCUUUAUCACUCCAAAGUUUAGAUCUAAUCAAGGAGUGGCUCUUGUCCUGCAAUAAAUACCACAGCAAUUGCUGUAACGUGUCUAAGGAGCCACAGUUACCAACUCGUGUCUUAGAUUUGGGCACCAUGAAAAGCUCAGCUGAUCUCCGGCUGCUAAACUCCGAGGGCUUAUGUGGACGAUACGCUGUUGCUAGUCAUUGCUGGGGCAACGUUAAAGCCUUGGUGACUACACUCGCUCGCGAAUUAGGCAUACGUUAUCUCUGGAUAGAUGCACUUUGCAUAAUACAAGACGACCUCGACGACUGGAAGAAGCAAGCGGAGUUGUUUCCGGAAGUUUUCGAGAACUCCUUCGUAAAUAUCUUCGCAGCUUCAGCUCCUGAUUCAUUCAGAGGGUUUUUGGGCCCCAAGCUUCCAUCACGGCUAUUCACUUUCCCUGUCGAGGUCCUGAAACACUCUAAAGACGGGUUUCUUCACCUACGACAGCCUUUGAAUGAUACUGAUCCCGUGAAAGGAGAGCCCCUUGCUACCCGCGCAUGGUCCUUCCAAGAACAGCUUCUUUGCCCCCGAAAUAUUUGCUACACGUCUCAGCAGAUCGUCUGGGAGUGUCAGAAAGCGUCACAUCGCGAGUCCCUUUUCGAUUGGCUACAGUUUGAUUCUCCCCGGCUGCCAAUCAAGAAGUUCAUUGGGCAAGUCAACUCGGGAUUGAGUGCCAUAUUGGAAUCCUCUAUUAGUACCGAGACGUACGACUUAUGGUACAGCCUCCUUGUACUGUAUUCUCCUCUUCAUGUCAUUGUAUUUCGAGACAGACUUCUUGCAAUAUCUAGCGUCGCUCGUGUCUUUGAUCGAGUGUUGAAAGAUGCAUACAUUGCAGGUAUAUGGACAGGUGAUUUUCCUCACUUCUUAAUGUGGCGCGCGGUUGACCCUCAUAACGCGGACCCAAACUCAAACGAGGUUGGUCCCAGUUGGAGUUGGGCUACAUUUCCUGGACAGAUCCAUUACUGUACUCGACCCACAACUGAUUCUAGGGUCCGAUGGCUAGUGCCAGCAGAUUCACAGCCUGGACCUCCAAAAGCUCUGCACUAUAACUCUAUGUCAACUGGGGAGGACAAGUUCGGUGUGGUCUCCGAGGCCAUUAUCAGUAUUGAAGCCGACUUUUUAACGUUAUCCAGAGACGAUGGGAUACCUGGGUUUGAUUAUGACAUUGACAGAGAUUUAUGGUAUUCUGGUUCGACUUUCUUCGCUAUCUUUCUUGCCAAUACGACAAGCAGCGAAUCUCCUAAUGCGGUGGGUUUGAUUCUUCGCGAAGAUCCAUCUCGCCCAGAGACAUUUUCUCGAGUGGGAAUCAUUGAUUUUGAGAAACCAUUAGUUCAGUGGGAGAGAAGAGUCAUCAAUCUCGUGUGA